UGGAAUAACACAAUGACAAGUUUAUGGUUCUAUUAAAAACAUACUAAAUUGAUGUCUUAAAUUCCGUUAAUUAUUUACAUUUUCAAACUGGUUUAAUCUCUAACAUUGCUAUCACGAUCGAUACUCAAAGUAUCGCUGUGUUGGAUUGUUUACCUCAAUAUACAAUGCAAUCUGCGAGUUAUUCUUCUCCGAGAAAUAAAAUACAUUGAUUACUGAAUUUGUUUAUUUCCAUAUUAAACAGCUGAUGUGGAUUCUUGAUACACGGUCCUGAAUUUCCCAAUGGAUGUUAUUGAUGAUAUCGAUCUGUGAAAUAUAAACUAGCUUAAUAUAUGAUUCCUUAUUCAAUUAGAGACGUCAACAUUUUAACAGUGUAUGCAAUACGAGAUGUACUUAGAGUUCAUAGGAGAUAGGUCAGUGUUGACUGUUGCAUAAUGAUGGAAUACUUCAUCGUGUAAUGUAUUGCUGUUACUACGAAUCGGACAGUGCAUUGGAAGUAUAUUAUACAGAUUAACAACGAACUGGACAGUGCAUUGGAAGUAUACUAUACAUAUUAAUCUUAACUUUUAUCGGAUAAACCCACACAAUUAGUUUUCCCAUUUCAAGACUUUGCUCUGUUUUCAGACACAGAUAUUGUUAUGGACGAAAGGAACAACACAGAUGCCACUGUCAAGGACAAUGACAAUGCAGGAGAUAAAACAGCUAUAAACAAUACAGAAAACAAACACCUCAAGAAUGGCUUUUCUAAAAUCGAUGAAACAGAAUUAGUUGAUGUUGUUAUAAACGAUGGAAAGGAUAUUGAAGACGAAAGCGAACAAAUAUUUCAGGAUGUGAUUAUAGACGAUGAAUUCCAUGGGAAAGAAAAACAACCUGAAUCAAGACUUGGGAUUUUAAGACAGUCUGCGAAAGGUGUAAUUGAACAUAUUGCGUUCCGGAUAUUUACAGUUGUCCUGAUUCUAACUGAUAUUACUUUAGUUAUCGUUGAAGUGACUGUCUUCAGUGAAGAUGAUGAAACAUCUUACAGAAUAGAAUUAGUUUCGAGGGCAAUCAUUGCUUACUUCGUCCUGGAAAUAUUCGUUAGAAUAUUUGUCAAAGGAAAACGAUUUUUUAAGAGUGUAAUGGACGUCCUUGAUAUGAUUAUAGUAUUUGCAACAUUUAUCUUUGAUGUAGCAACUUUUGUAGUUGGUGUGUCUACGAAUGACUACUCCAGACUUCCAGUAAUUGGACGAGGGUUGAGAAUUGUUAGAAUAUUCCGGUCUAUAUACAUCAUGGUCCAACAGUAUCGUCACUUUACGAAAGCUGCUAGACAAACUGUAUCCCAAAAUAAAAGGAGGUACCAGAAAGAUGGAUUCGAUCUGGAUCUCUGUUACGUUACAGAAAGAGUAAUAGCUAUGUCCUAUCCGUCAUCUGGUGUUAGGAAACUAUACAGAAAUCCUAUUGAGGAUGUAGCCCGAUUUUUAGAUACUAAACAUAAAGAUCACUACAGAGUUUAUGAUUUAUGCAGUGAACGUAAUUACGACCCGAGUAAAUUCCACGGGCGAGUAGAACGCUUGUUUAUAGAUGAUCAUAACGUUCCAAUCCUUGAAGAUUUGAUAAAAUUUUGUAAGAAUGUACGUGAGUGGCUAUCUAAGGAUGACAGAAAUGUUAUAGCUGUCCAUUGUAAAGGGGGAAAAGGUAGAACGGGGACCAUGAUAUGUACUUGGUUGGUAGACUGUGAUAUGUUUAAAGAAGCAGAGAGUAGUCUGGAUUAUUUUGGAGGGAGAAGAACGGACCUCAGUGUUGGUACGACAUUCCAAGGCGUGGAAACGCCAAGUCAGAGUAGAUAUGUUGGUUAUUAUGAGAAUGUAAAGAAAGACUACGAUGGAGAAAGUCCACCAGUAAUUAACCUGAAAAUCACAAGUAUCAAAAUAACAGGCAUAAAUGAUAUUGGAAGAGGAGAUGGAUCAGAUUUAGCAAUGGAAAUAUACAAGAACAAAGAAAAGGUCCAUACGGUACAAUUUGGCAAACAGAUAAAUUGUCAGUUUCGACAUAAUAAUUUGAAAAACCAGAUAGACGUUCAGAUAUUGAAUUGCCCAGACCUUAACAACGACACCAAAGUUCGAUUCACAUCAAAAUCUUCGAAAGUACCAAAGGUGUACGAUAAUUGUGCAUUUUUCUUCUGGUUCCAUACAUCAUUCAUCGAAAAUAACAGAUUAUUAUUACCGAGGGAUGAACUCGAUAAUCCACACAAAAAGAAGGUUCACAAGAUAUACAAAGAUGAUUUCUCUGUCGAAGUGGGAUUUGAAAAGAUAAGUUGAAGUGAAAGUUCUGAUCAGUUAUGAAAAUGAUAACGUAUCGAUGAUGGUAUUUUCAACAUGUAUUGGAAAGAAAGACGAUAUUUUGAUUGAGAGAACAGAAUGGGGAAGAUGUUUUCUAUCAAGAACACUACAGACAAAAAGAUUCAACUUGUUUAGAAUCUCAUUAUAUCGAUCUUGUAGAGACAACGAGAAAGAACAAGACUUCCCUAGAGGGAAGAUAACGAAAUACAAUUUAUCUGAUUUCAUUGUAAAUACUUUCCAUGUUUGACCUGAUAUGGACUAAACCGGUUGCUCAGAAUUGUGUCAUUUGUGCCCUAUGACGUUUGCAUCUUUUUUUUUUAAAUUAAUUAUGGUUGUUUUUAUAUUGAAACUUAUUUUGGAGACAGUACAGAAGUAUUUAACAUAUUUUGCAUUUAUUUAUUUUCAAAUGUUAUCGUUGAUGUUGUGAAAUAAAACCUGAUAUU